AUAUUAAUUUCGUAGGUCAUUGUUGGAGGAAAAUUCAUACUUUUGCGACUAAGGAUACGUGGCUGUCAUUGUCUUGUUUCUAUAUGUAAGUUAAACGGCACACUCAAAGAUGGCUCCUUCAAAUGCCCUGUGCAUGAUACAAUCAGAAGUUUCACUUAUGCUAACUGCUUUGCGGUGUAGUCACAGGAAUUCUUUUAGGAUGUAUCAAGAUGAUAUUAAAAGGCCUCUGUUAUUGAGUUUUAACCAGUUAAGGUCUAUCCUAAAUGUAUCCAAAAGUGUUAAUGAACUGGAACCAUUGGUUUAUCUUACACCAUUCCUUGAGGUUAUCCGUUCAGAAGAUACAACAGGUCCGGUUACGGGUCUUGCAUUAACAGCUGUGGAUAAGUUUCUAUCCUAUGGACUUUUGGAAUUACCCUCUACUAAAUCAGACGAAUCAUCUUUAAAUAAAACUGGGUCGCUAAAUUCUAUCGGAUUAGCAGUAGAAGCGAUUGCCGAUGCAAGUACUCAAGCCCGCUUUGUGGGAACUGAUCCACGCUCUGCAGAGGUUGUGCUAAUGAAAGUGCUGCAUUUAUUACGGACAUUAUUACUCGUUCCUGCUGGAGCUCUCGUCUCAGAUCGAGCUAUUCGUGAGAUCCUACAGAGUUGCUUCCGCAUAUGUUUUGAACCAAAAUUGAGUGAAUUACUUAGAAGAACAGCUGAAUUGUGUUUGGCUUCCAUGAUUCAGUUAUUUUUCAGCCGUCUACCAACUCUAGUUGGAUUCAAAACAGAUCGAGUUGUGCAACAACCAACUGUACAACUUGAAAAUUCGACAAUGCUUUCUCAACCUGAUACACACUCUGAUGAUUUGCAAACAGUCGAUCCUCAACCACAACCUUAUACUAUUGAAACUGUAUGUGAAUUGCUGUCUAAUCUCAUACAUUCCCUUUCUCCUGAGCAUAAUAAAGAGAGUGUGAUUUCUAUUUCAUUAGGACUUAUUACAAUCGCACUAGAGACAGGGGCUGAUGCGAUAGCUAAUAGUCCACGAUUACUUCAUUUAGUUCGAGGUGAUUUAACCAAAUAUUUGAUGCUGCUAUUAUAUUCAGAAGACGUUUGGCAAUUCGCUGCUACUUUACGCGUAUGCUUUCUCCUGUUCGAAUCCAUGAGGAGUCAGUUAAAGUUACAAAUGGAAGUUUAUCUGCAAAGAUUAACUGCUAUCAUUUCUUCAGAUAAUGAAUCAACGGGUUAUGAACGACGUGAAAUUGCAUUGGAUUCAGUUGUUCGUUUAUUUCUCGUUCCUGGUUUAGCUGCAGAGCUUUAUGUAAACUAUGAUUGUGAUCCGUAUUGUUCUAAUCUGUUUGAAGAUAUUACAAAAAUGUUAGCUAAAAAUGCUUUUCCUGUUGUACGUUUAAUGGGUACUCAUUUACUAGCAUUGGAUGCCCUGUUAGCUGUAUUGAACACUAUUGAGGUCCAGUGCGGUGCAUCACAAGCAACAAUAAUAGAUCAAAAUUCUUUGAACAAAUCCCCAAAUUCAACAGAUUAUUUACCAUUAAUCGAUAAAAGUAGCGCUAUUGAUAGUAAGUAUAGAGUACGACCUAAUCGUCAUUUUGUUGAUUUAACAAAACUGCCAUCUCGAGAGGAAUUAAACAUUUCCAAGUCCAAAAAGAAGUUAUUAAUAUUGGGGUCAGAUCAUUUUAAUACAAAACCGAAACGUGGUAUAACAUUUUUACAAGAGAAUGAUAUUUUACAAAAACCAUUAAAUUAUGAUGAAUUAGCAUUGUUUCUUCGUGAAAAUCCACGUUUAGAAAAACGAAUGAUUGGUGAAUAUAUUAGUGAUCGUGAAAAUACUGAUGUAUUAACAGCAUUUGUUAGGCAGUUUAAUUUUGUUGGAGUUCCAAUUGAUGAAGCUUUACGUGUUUAUUUGGAAGCAUUUCGAUUACCUGGUGAAGCACCACUUAUUCAACGUAUAAUAGAACAUUUUGCAGAACAUUGGUAUACAUCAAAUCAAUCACCAUUUGUUGAUGUUGAUGCUGCUUUUACAUUAGCUUACGCUAUUCUUAUGUUGAAUACAGAUCAGCAUAAUCCAAAUUCUAAACGACAGAAUGCUCCAAUGCGUAUGGAAGAUUUUAAAAAGAAUUUAAGUGGUAUGAAUGGAAAUCAAGAUUUUGAUCCGAAACUUUUGGAAUUCAUUUACAAUAAUAUUCAUAAUCAUGAAAUUGUGAUGCCUAUUGAACAAACUGGUUUAGUUCGUGAGAAUUAUUUGUGGAAAUGCCUUCUACGUCGUUCAUCCACUAAACAAGCCCUAUUCAUUCAUGUACAAACUGGUGCAUUUGAUGCUGAUCUAUUCGAAUUAAUCUGGGGACCUACAGUAUCUGCUUUGUCGUUUAUCUUUGAUAAAACUACUGAUCCUGAAGUACAAUCUAAAGCGAUUGAUGGAUUUAACCGAUGUGCCACAAUAGCUGCUUAUUAUGGAAUGAGUGAUGUACUGGACAAUUUAGUUAUUUCUCUGUGUAAAUUUACAACUUUAUUAACUGCUAACGAUAAUCCUACAAAUUUACCAAUUAUGCUUGGACGCAAUACAAAAGCUUGUUUAGCGCUUUAUUUAGUGUUUACUAUUUCAUCUAGACAUGCAGAUAUUUUACGUUAUGGGUGGCAUUCAUUGUUAGACUGUUUAUUACAAUUGUUUCGUGCAAAUCUUUUACCCAAUGAACUACUUGAAUCACAAGACUUUCUAGCAUCGUCUCGUAAAGUUUAUAUAACUACAAAAGGCUGUAUACCUAUAAAGAAGGAAUCAAAAAAUUCACGUCAUUCGCACAGACGCCGUCAAAAAGCAUCCUGUUUACAAAACACUAAUAAUAAUCGUGAAUUAGGUGUAUUCAGUUCAUUCUAUCAAUAUUUAACUACUGGAUCUUCAUGGAUUGGUUCUGGUGAUGAAGAAGAUGAUGAAUUUAAAGAUGAUGAAAAUGAUAAUGAAGAUGAAAAUGAUGAGAUCAUUUUAAGUAAAGAUAUUGGAAUAUCUUCAUCACUUGAUUAUCAAUCAUUGAAGACGGCAAAUCCUGAUGAAAGCAAAUUAUUCAAUAAUAAUUUAUUAAUUAAUCAAAAUCAUUUAUUAUCAUAUGUUAAUCGUAGUCAGUUAGAUGCACAAACAUCUUCUCGAUUCGCUUCGGACAUUGUUAUUCAAUGUCGUAUUGAUCAGUUAAUUGAAGACAGUAAAUUCUUAGUUGACGCCUCAUUAACUGAACUAAUUAAGGCUCUGUUAUGUGCUACACGAGGAGAUUCUUAUACUACGCUUUCACAUAAUUUUGAUUCUAAUUCCGUUUUCUCUGUGGAAAGUUUACAGCAUGAUAAUUCUCAUCCCUCAGAUCGAUCGGUACAAAGUUCAUGUUUAAAUAUUGAUUCAGGUUUAUCAUCAUCAUCAUUAGCACCAAUCGAUUCAAGUUCUUUACCUAGUACCACCUUGACAGAGACUGAAGUAUCGAAUAUAGGCGUUUCAUCUCAAGAUCAGAGUCAACAUAAUUCAACAGUGCAUGUAUUUCCGCCUCCUUCUUCAGCAGCAUCAAUACAAUGGACUGGUAAUGGUAAUACAUUAUAUUAUUCACCAUUCACUGCCACCGGUGUUACUUCGUCGGAUGAUUGUCGUGUAUUCUGUCUAGAACUACUUAUUCGUGUAUUAAUGCGUAAUCGUGAUCGGUUGGUAUGUUUCUGGUCACUAGUCAGAUAUUACCUUGUUGAUUUACUGUUGUCUGCACGUUCUUCAAAUCUCCUUGUUGAAAGAGUGAUUGUCGGUUUCUUACGUCUAGCCAUCUGUUUAUUACGUCGACAUGAAGUAACCAGUCAAAUUUUUGCAACACUUUAUUGGUUAUUACUAAAUCAUGGUGAAUAUCUUAUGUAUUCUGUUAAUCUAUCAUCAUCAUCAUCAUUAUCAACAUUAUCACCACAAACAAGUAUUUCUUCGCCUAAAUUAUCGAAUUCACGUCAUACACAUAAAAAAUCUUCUACAUUCUUUGUUAACAAUAGUGGUGGUAGUAAUAAUUCAUCUUUAUUGUUAUUGUUUAAACAUGGUUCACGUGUUGCUCGACAAGUGAUUAAUGGUUUAACUGAUUUAUUAAGAAAUCAUGCUGCUGAUCUACCAGAUCCAACUACUGAUUGGAAACUUAUUUUUGGUUUAUUAGAGAUAUGUGGAGCUGGUCGAAGAGCUAAUAUGCUUUUAACGAGUACAACAGUAGCGAAAUGUAAUAGUGAAGAGAAGUUCUCAUAUUCUAGUUCAGAUAUUCCUCGAAAAAUGAGUGUAAACCAUCCUUCGAAUCCGUGUAAAUCUAGUCGUGGUUAUACAAGCGACAGUGAAACACAUCAUACUGUUCAUGAGGUUUCAGCAGUGGCAAGUAAAUCAUCUUUACACUUAUCCAGUUCGAAGAUGUCUGUAUCCGGAAAUGAUGGUGAACAAAUCCAGAAAAACUCAUCAUCAGAGGUGAUCGAAAAUGACACAACAGAUGUUUCAGAGUCAUAUGAAGUAAUCCAUAAGCUUCCUACUAAAAUGGCACAAACAACAUGGGAGAAAUCAUCUCUUCUUAUAUCUCCUUUGGUUUUAAGUUACGAAGUGGUGAUUGGUUCACGUGAUCCAGUAACUUUAGAACAAGCUGUUGACUGUUUAGCAUUUUUAAUUCGUGAUCCAGCCCACAUAACACCAGAUAACUUUGAGUGUGCUGUUGAAGCAUUACGUGUUUUUGUUGAAGCCUGCAUUAAUUUACCUCCAAGAAACGCAAAUAAUCGAGUUUUAUCUUCAUAUAAUAAUAAUAUUAAAACGGAAUCAGGACACCAUCGUCGUUCUGAUCAUCCAAAGUUUCCAACGAAUCGUCCCAAUUAUGCUUUAUCUGAUUCAGAUUCGGAUACUGAACAACAUCUUGAGCAUGGAAAAUUGAAGACAUCUGAAAAAGGAGUGGUAUUUAGUGAAACUGUACUUAGUCCUAUUACUAGUGUCAUUGCUGUACAGAUUCUAGAUUUGAUUAAUAUAUUAUUUACACGUGCCACUUCAAUAUACAGAGAAUGGACAAGAAUUAAUCCUGGUCAAUUGAAUUCAUCUAUUAUUGUAAAUGAAGAAUUAAUAAAUAAUCAACAAGAUAAUAUUGAAAUAUUGAAUACAAAUAUUAAUUCAAUCAAUUUAGAUCAUUUAUGGAAUAUUUGUUGGCGUCCAUUAUUACAAUCUACAGCUAGAUUAUGUUCUGAUAUACGUCGUGAUGUUAGAACAGAUGCAUUAACUUAUUUACAAAAAGCAUUAUUAUCACCAACUUUACAUUUAUUAAAUGGGAAACAAUGGGAGAAUUGUUUUAAUGAAGUAAGAGAAUAAAACUUUAUUUAACUAAUAUAUAUAUGUGUUUAAGGUAAGACUAUAAUUUAUGGACGAAGGAUUUUAGCGCGAAUUUCAUUCAUGCUGUAGGAUAAAUAGAGUUUUACCAUUAUAGCUGAUGUCUGUGGCAAGCCCAUUUGGCCACUGUAUCAUUUGUCUAUUCAUUGUAACUCAGACUCUUAAUUUACUAUGUUAAUUUCGGUGUGUAUGAUCGAAUGCAUGUCUGUACAUUAACUCUUAAGCUAUCCUCCUAUUGGUUUCAAUGUGCAGAUAAUCGAUAAUUUAUCCACACCCGAUUAACUCUCAAAAAUAUAUAUGGGUUUUAAACACACACACACACUCACUCUGUUUCAUCGUGUGCUUGCUCACCGUACGCUUGUGGAUUUUUAUUAAUCGUUAACAAUAAACUAUAUAACUGGUGUUCAGGCUUCUCAAUAAUCUCGAGUAAAUUCGCUAUUCUAUUAGGAGAUUAAGCCUACCUAAAAUACUCAGUUACGGGAUAUUAUUUAUUGGAGUCAGAUAUUGAGGACAUUAGCCUCCACAUAUUGGUUAGCCGCCGUUUCCACAUGUCAGUUCAUGAUGAAAGCCCCAAAUGUAAUUACUAAUCUUAAUAUUCAACUGUAAAUCAUAAUUGGAAUUCCUCACACAGGUUUAUAAAUCUCAUUUAGUCCUAGUUAUUAAGUGGACACUUUCAAUGUCAGUCUAGAGUCGUUUAAAGGUCGUCCAUAAAUUAUAGGGUCACUACUUUCAAGAGUAUUAUUAUUAUUAUUACUAAUGGCUUUAACCAAUAUUGUAUUGCCAGUUAGAUGUGAACAGUCCAGGAAUCGACAUCUGAAUAAUGUUCUUUUUUUUUUAGUGUAUAUUGCCAGCCAUCACGAUGUCGCUGAUUGUGCUUUUUUGUAACCUAUACGUUCCAUAAACGUAUCUGAAUAGGUUAUGCAAUUAAUUGACAUAAUGAUAUGUUAAAACAAAACAAAAAAAACACCGAUAACUUGUUGAAAUAUUCAGAUGUCAGGAGUAGAUAACCCAGAUAUUCAAACACGCCACCCUGGAAGUAAUCAAUAUUAAUAGGAAGUUAAUGAAUACAACUUUUUUCCGAAACCAAGUGGUUUAUUUUGAUUGAUUAAAAUACACUUUUAUGUGUUCUAAUUACCAUGCAAGUUCAUCUUUUGAUGAUGUUCUUUAUCUUAUUCCACACAUUAAACCAUAAAAUCAAUAAAUUCACUUGAUCUUAUUUUUACUUGUAUCUUCUCAUUGUUAUUUAGGACUACAAUUGAUCAGUCUCAUGUUGGCAUAUGUACAUUCUAUGCAGAUUACCUCUAUAUAGCUUUAAAUCACAAGCAUUUUAAAGAAAUAUGGAUAGUGCCUAGCCAGUGUAAGCAUAUCCAGCUGACGAGUCUCAAAUAGAAUGGAAUGCGCCACCAUUCAUCUUUGCAUAGAAUCAAUACUUUAAAAUGUUAUAACUUGAAUUUCUCUAUUGAGUAGUUAUUCAUUCAGUUAUUGAAAUGAAAUCAUUUUCUUCUACCAUUCAAUUGUCAUGUAUAAAUAAAGAAUUUGUUUCUUUUUUUUUUCAUAAAAAUAUAUUUUCCUUUAGGUUCUAUUCCCUUUAUUAUCCGGUUUCUUAGAAAGUAUUACACUUGAAGAAGUGUUUACAACGAAUUCAAGAAAUUUACAUGAUAUUAAUCAUAAUCAUAAUUACAACACUGGAUAUGCUCAUCAUUUACAUGCUGUUGAAUUUGCUGAUCCACGUAUGCGAGCUAUUCCAUUAUUAACUAAAGUUUAUUUACAACAUCUUCGUCCAUUAUAUGAAUUAGAUACAUUUAAUACAUUAUGGAUACGUAUACUUGCUUAUAUGGAACAAUAUAUGUUGGCUAGUAGUAAUUCGGAUUCAUUGACCGAUGCUGUACGUGAAUCAUUAAAGAAUGUGUUAUUAGUUAUGUGCACUGGAACACAUGAUCUCAAUCCAAUUCUAAUUAAAGAUUCUAAUCCAAAUUCAAAUUCAGCUAUUCUAUGGGAAUUAACUGAAAAACAUUUAUCGAGUUUUCUUCCUGAAUUAUUAGAACAAUUAUUUCCAAAUAAUUCACCAGAAACAAAUAUGACUAAUGUUAAUACUGAUUCAAAUGAUCCACCAGUUAUAACUGGACUUGAUGAUGAACUCACUCAUGAAUCGUCAAUGAAUAACGAUAAUGUAAAUGCAGUUAAUGAAGUUUUAUAUGCACAAACGUCAGAGUCAACUACUGAAACUAAAUCACAUAAUGACGUCAAUCAUCCCGAUACUCCUAUAAUGGUGGAACAGCAGUGUUCAAUUCAUGACACUAAUAAAUCAUCAGUGGAAUUAUCUGAAAUGGCAACAUCAAAGCAAAAUAUUUCAACAAUCUACAAUUUAUAGGAAGCGAAGGCAACAACAAAAUUGUUAGAUAUUAAUUAUCCCCGUUGUAUAUGAGGUGUGCACUUUUUAUUCUCUCAUGUAUAGAGCUAAGUCUUUCUAUCCUUAAAAAAAAUAAUCCGUUUUUAUAUAUGAUUAUUGUCUACUAAUAAGAAUAUCAAGUAGUAUAAUUAUCAUAGAAACAAUUUCCAUUUUUAUUAUUCCAAGUCGUGAUUGUGCUAGUUGUUUAUUCUCGCCCCCCCCUUCUAUCCAGUCACAUGAUUAUGAUCUAUUGAACGGUUUCUUAUGAUCUGAAUGUCAUAUUGUUUUCAUCUUAGAAUUUUAAAGGAAUCAUUUGUACAUUGGAGAAUGGAUAUAAAACACACACACACGUAUAUUUUUCGUUACUACCACUACUAUUACUACUACUACUACUACUACUGUACAAAUACUUUUUAGUAUUGUUCACUAUUUAUUUUUUAUGGUGAUCAUUUCCAUCAUUGUUUUCUUCUUUUUCUUUUUCUAAAUUGUUUCAUUCAUAAAUAAAAUUGAAGAUAACAAAA